AUGUUCCACUCUACUUUUCAUGGAACAAAUCAGGUAAAAAAUGGGAUCCACGUAAACAAGGAGCUAGAACCAUGUCCUUCAAUCGCGGGCAUAUUCAAAGCCAAGGCACUGGGAAGACUUUACACAGUACAUCCAAAACAACGUAAAUGUUUCUUUUUACGUUUGUUGUUGGUGAAUGUUCCCGGACCAACGUCUUUCGAAUUUUUGCGAACAGUUAAUGGUCGAGUGUUCAAUACUUAUCAAGAUGCGAGUCAUGAGUUGAAAUUACUGAAAGACGACAAUCACUGGGACCUGACACUUGCUGAUGCAGCGUUGACAUCAACGCCAAAUAGUAUCCUUUUCCCACAGAGUUGA